UUCUCUUCCAGGAAGCCUUAUACAGAACACUGCAGAGGAGGUGAAGGAAGGGAAGGAAAAGAAUUAUAGUCUCCCCUUGAACAGUUGGCAUCCAUGACAUCCUCUUGCAAUGAGCUGCACACCUCAGUAUCUGAUGCAUGAAGAAUGAAUCCCUUUUUUGGUUUUAGUGGCUCAGAGAGUAACCGAAGUCAGAGCUGUAACUGAGAUGCAGACUCAUCACCAGCUGUGACUGAUCAUGCUGCUGCUGAGACAAUCUGUCCCUUCCCAGCCUCCUGGAGCAUGAUGCUCUACCCCAAUCUUUUACUCAGCACUAGCACUCCAUAGCUAUGUAGUAAGAGCACAUUGUUUAUCAAGCUGUAAACUACUCCUGUGGUUUAGUUUUCACCUACAUCAGUCUUACCAUCCUCCUGUUGAAAAUGAAAGGAGCCUUUUAUGACCUUUUUGGAAGCUUUCAUGCACUUCAUCCAGUGGACAGAUGCAUGCUGGUAUUACACAUACAGCCCCAAAGUUUGGGUGCAAAUGGCACACCUGUGCUAACCUAAUGGAGUAAUUUGCCUUUAAGGAUUAUUUUACAACUCUCUCUGAAACAACCUGCAGAGUCGGUCUUACUGGUUUGAAAGAUACAUUCAGCCAAUCUAAUUUUCAUACAAAAAAAAGGCCACAAACAAGAAAGAACUAUUACAUGAAUACAUAAUCCUCUUUGGAGUACAGUUGAAUCUCAAUUUAUUUGAAAUCUAAGCAUAUUUGGUUAGGGAAAUGUCUUUUUUCUCAUUUUUUACAAGAUGAGACAGCAAUUUUAAAAAACUUGUUUAUUAUUUCCAAACUGUCUAUAAUUUCAUCUACUUCCACCUAUUGGCCUUACACCUGAGAUCUAACUUCGACCAUAUUAUAACAAAGAGAGGAUAUAUAAGAAUUCUUCUGCAAAAUCAGGAUUUUCCUAGACUGUAACAUUUUCAAGAGAAACAAGCUUUUACUUUAUGCCCUAUAAAUUUUGUUAGAUGCAUGAUCUGAUGAAUUAGUGUCAUAAAAAUCUACUUUAGACUGUUCACAAUCAAAAGAAUGUUUCUUUCUAGAACUAUCAGCAAAGAAAUAGCUCAGUCUGUGAAAAAAAGAAAAUCCACUGAAUUUUAAGAAAGUAUUUCCUGGCUUUUUUCUCUUCACAUUUAGAAUAAGCUGAAAAUAAAAUUCUAGUUUGAUAGAGAGCUGUAUAAAAGAUUUAAAGAGCCAGCAUUUAAAUCACAGAACAACUUAGGCCUGAAGGGGACUUCUAGAGAUUGUAGAGUUCAAAUCUUCUCUCGCUUGGUGUUGAGUAUCUCCAAGGAUGGAGCCUCUACCAUCUCCCUUGGUAACCAUGUUCCAGUGUUCAGUCAUGGCUCAUAGUGAGGGUACUUUUUAUCUGUGUGCUUGUUGUCCCUGGUAUCCACAAGUCUUCUCUCUUUUUGCUGAGCACAGCCAAGAAGAGCCUGACUCUGCCCAUCCUUCUAUUAGGCAGGUGAAGACGUCUUCAUUUGGCACUCCCCUCUUCAGACAAAACCAGUUAUCUCAGAAUCUCCUGUACGCCACCCACUCCAGUCACAAUCACAGGGGACCGUGCCAUGCUCACUUCAGUAUUUCAAUAUCCUUCCAAUAGAACAGAAUUAAAAAUGGAUCCAGAUGUGGUCCAUUACCAAAGAAAUUCUGGAUUAUUUUUCAAACAUGUUUUUUAGACAGGCUUUCAGGACAUGACAAACUUUUUACAUGAGCUUUAUUUAUUUUCAUGGCAUCACCUUAUAGUAGGUGGACAAGUAUUAAUUGAAAAGCACAAUUGCAAACACAAGUGACAACAAAACUGCUUCCACACUGACCAGCUGCUAGAACAAGUGGACCAACAGCCCCACCCUGCAGGGAACAGAAAGCCAAAGGUAAAGAAACACCAAGUGCUUUCCCCAAGGAAAAUAUAUCCUACAGCACACAGUUUAAAAAGCCAUAGAAGAAGUCUUUGUGAACUGCAGGAGUGUGGUACUUGCCAGUAGGGCAGUCCAGGACCUAAGAGGCCUCUCAGAUACCCAGGAACUUGCAAACCCUACAUAGCAGACCUGUGCCAUUUGCACUCACAUGAGUUAACCCCUUGUCUGCAGAUUCUGGAAGCCAGGGAAAAAGCAACCCUUUCCCAAGUGGCAAGUAGAUCCAGGUCUACUCAUAAAAUUUAGAUUUAAGGUAGUCCAUUCACCUCCCAGCAAUAUGCACAGAAGUGGAACAGUGAGCCUGGGAGUCAAAUGAUCAACUUCAUGGUAGGCAUGGAGUCUGUUUUCAAAGCUGCUGGAUUGCUUACAGCUAGGCUUGAAUCUGAGACACCUGGCUGGGCAUUGACCACUUGGUAUCUGCAAUCCUGUAAUAACAGAGCUGUCAGGCUGUAGGACAGUUAGGCAAUGUAAUCCUCUACUGAUUCUAUCUUCACAAGAGAAACACGCUUUGUAUAAAUUAUAGACACCAAUGUCUCAGUGUUCUAAACAUUGUAACAGUUGAAAUUUUUUAUUUCUGCAUCUGUAUCAGUACCUUACAUAUUACUGUAUCACAACACAUUUGGCUACACUCAUUAUUCAAAUAAUCCUUUUAAAAAUUUUAAAAAUACGUUUUUCAGGGUAGGCAUUUAAACUUUCUGGAAAUUUACAGGUUCAUGAAAAGAGGUGUCCAGUUAGAGGGAAAACACAUCUGUUACAUGCACUGUAAUAUUUAUUACAUGUUUUUGAGCUUUGUGGAUUUAUAUCCCUAAAAGUUUUCUUACUCAGCAAAAGCAGUGGUGGGAUCUUCCAUUUAAGAGACAGCAAAAUGCAUAAACCACAGGAAAAACAAAGUGGGAAGCCAUAUCUCAGUAGAUCCUGAGUUCAGAAAAAUAUUGGUGUUUGCUUCUUGAAAAAUAAAGACUUCAGGAAAUCCUGUGUCUUUAUAUCUAGAUCCUAUAAAUUAAUGGCAAAAAAGUAUGGAGCAUACCCAUCUUAUUAGUCAUAUUUUUCCCAAUAACAUAUCUCUUAAGGCUACAUUUUUAGCACACUAUAUUUGAAAUUGGUUAAUGUCAUUGCUAACAUCUUAAAGCUGCUGAUGAAAAAAAAAUCAUGCAAUUACCAACUGAAAUCAUGUCCUCCAGAAAGCUGUUUACUCAUCCCUUUACUUCCUCUUGAAAAAAAAUCUAGGACAUUAUUACAGAGAAACUUAUAUUUUGGAACACUCGCAUCUGAUAAGCUCAAAGCAUCCCUAAUGCAAAAUUAUUGAAAUAAAUAUUAAAGUCACACAACAUGCAUUCUCAACAUGGACUUACUAGUUGGACCUUCCAGAGCAUUGAAACUGCCAAAUACACAGACCAUGUGGGUGUUUCAAAAACAAACACCAGGAGCAGUAUAAUCUCCCCUCCUUUUCUACUGCUGCUGUCAUCCUAGUUCUGCUAUGGUACAACCACCUAACCUUUGCUCAGAUGUUUGAGGACAUUGUUCAGUUGAGAGGAAGAGCUCUAAAUCAGUCCAUAGAGUUGAACUGUGAAAGGUAAGAGAGAUAAAACUGGGGAGAAAGGCAAGCACACAGGGAUGACACUAGACAAGUAGCCCAACAAUCAAGAGGAAAGACAUCAAUGUGGAAAGAUAAUUACCAUCUCAAGGGAAAAAAAUUAACUGGGAGAUUGCAACCUCCUGUAUUGAUAAUUUGGAUGAGGGGAUUGAGUGCACCCCUUGGUAAAUUCUCAGACAACACUGAGUUGGGUGGGAGGUUGAUGUGCUGGAUGUCAGGAAGGCUCUGCAGAGGGAUCUGGACAGGGUGGAUCAAUGGUUCAAGGCCAAUGGUAUGAGAUUCAAGAAGACCAAGUGUGAGCCUUGCUCUUGGGUCAAAACAACGCCAUGCAGCACUAAAGGCUUCAGGAAGAGGUCAGUAUAUAAAGCGAAAGUAAUGAGGUAGAAUGGGGAGAUGUUUUAUGUGAUCGGUGUUUGUCUUCCCAAGCAGUUGUUACACAUGACAGAGCUCUACUUUGCUUGGGAUGGCUGACCAUGGGAAAUAACAAAUUCAUUCCUUGUUUUGAUUUGCUUUUCUGCGCAGCUUUGGCUUUCCCAACCCACAAGAUUUCUAACUUUUACUCAUCUGAUCCUCUCCCUGAUCCCACUGGUAGGAGGCCGGAGCGAGGGAGAGAACAGUGUGGGGAGAUUCGUCAUCGAACGUGGGCUUCGUGAAUAGCCUGGUGGGUUGUACUGCAGAUCUGCAACAUGGAAAAGCAACUGCUCGAAUCCUCAGAGGAGCGAACGUUUCAGUACCAAGAUUCUCUGCCUUCCCUGCCAGUACCUCCUCUUGAUGAAUCUUUGAGUAAAUAUCUCGAUGCAGUGAAGCCAUUCCUUAAUCAAGAAGAAUAUCAAAGAACUGAGGAUAUAGUUAAAAAAUUUGAAAAUGGCAUUGGAAAAGAGUUGCAUCAGAAAUUACUGGAGAGAGCUAAAAUGAGAAGGAAUUGGCUGGAGGACUGGUGGCUGAAUGUGGCUUAUCUUGAUCUUCGCAUCUCCACACAAAUCCUCUGCAAUAUGGGAGGCCCUGGUCCCUAUAUUGAGCACUACUGGCCGCCCAAGGAGGGCACUCAGAUAGACAGAGCCUGUAUAAAUAUAUGGCACACCCUGAAAUACUGGGAUCUGCUACGAGCAGAGAAGGUUGCCAUAGAGAGAUCUGGAAAUACUGUUCUGGACAUGAACCAAUUUCGAAUGCUCUUCUGCACUUGCAAAAUUCCUGGGCUUACCAGAGACUCUCUCAGCAAUUAUUUUAAAACUGAGGCUGAAGGUGAAUGUCCAUCUCACUUGAUAGUCCUGUGUCGAGGUCGAGUAUUUGCAUUUGAUGCUAUGCAUGAAGGCAGCAUGCUGACUCCUCCAGAGAUUUUCAGGCAACUUAGGUAUAUACAGGAGAGAUGCUACAGUGAACCAGAUGGGCCAGGACUGGCAGCCCUGACAAGCAAUGAAAGGACCAAAUGGGCAGAGCUACGGGAAUACUUGAUUCAUCUUGAUCCAAAGAACUUAACUCUUCUGGAAAAAAUUCAGAGAAGUUUGUUUGUGGUUGGCCUUGAUGAUUAUAGUCCUCAUGCAACUCCUGAGGACUACACUGAGCUUACAAGGCUGGGGCUAGCAGGUGAUCCGACUGUGCGCUGGGGAGAUAAAUCCUACAACUGCAUAUUCUUUUCCAAUGGAACCUGUAGUGCAUUCUGUGAUCAUUCUCCUUUUGAUGCCAUGGCUUUAAUUACCAUGUUAUCUUAUGCUGAUAAGAAGAUUGUUGAAAAUGAGGGAAAAUGGAAGGGAUCAGAUAAUGUGAGAGAUAUUCCAAGGCCAGAGGAACUUGUAUUCACAGUGGAUUCAAAAAUUAUGAAUGAAAUCGGACAUACUAAAGAAUUGUAUUACAAGAAGGUAUCUGACUUGCAGCUGGUGUCCUAUGCCUUCACAUCCUUUGGCAAAGCAUUGAUUAGAAAGAGGAAACUUCAUCCUGAUACAUUUGUGCAGCUUGCCCUUCAGCUUGCUUAUUACAAAUGCCAUGGACGUCCGGGCUGCUGUUACGAAACCGCCAUGACCAGGCGAUUCUAUCACGGCCGCACAGAGACCAUAAGAUCUUGUACUGUGGAAGCAGUGGAAUGGUGCAAGUCCAUGCUGGAUCCUUCUGAGAGUAAUUAUCAACGGCUACAACUGAUGCAUAAGGCAUUUGCAAAGCACAAUAAACUGAGGAAAGAAUGUGAAAAUGGAAGAGGCUUUGAUCGUCAUCUUCUGGGUCUCCUGCUGAUAGCACAGGAGCAAGGACUGCCAGUGCCAGAUCUGUAUGGGGAUAAGGCUUUCACAGCCAGUGGAGGAGGUGGGAAUUUUGUCCUUUCAACUAGUCUGACUGGCUACACUAGGUUUAGUGGAUCUGCAGUCCCUAUGGUACAACAUGGCUAUGGCUUUUUUUAUUCAAUUAGAGAUGACAGGAUCGUUACUACCUGCUCUUCUUGGAAAUCCUGUCCAGAGACUGAUGCAGAAGUGCUGUGCAGAACCCUGUUCCAGUGCUUCCAUGAUGUGCUGCAGCUGACACUUACAGCUCAGCUGUAAGCUUGAUAAUGAUGCAAGAGGCUUUGCAAGCUCACAAGUUGUAUGUAGUACUUAAAAACAAAAUGCUAUUCAAGAGUACUGUUAAAUUCAAGACGUUUAAUGGUCUGUAUGACAUGUUUAUUUUUGUGAGAUUACCUGUGGUAACAGUACCCAUUUAAGAAUAAUGUAGCCAUUUGCAACAGCAAUGCAAGUAGUAGUACCUUAUCUGUUUAGAACUAUGCAAUAUUAAAAUAUGCCACAACAAUGCAAACAUAGUUAGGGAUGGGAUGUUGUAGUGGAAAAUUGAUGGGAGACUUGUAUUUAUGACCUUAAUAGUCACGUGCAGAAUAGUUUGUAGUCUACUGAUAGGGUUUAUGCCAGUUGAGCACUUAACUGUGUACUUAAAAGUAACCACACUAUAAUCUUUUGUGAUUAUGCUUCCUGUUCAGAGUGGUUAAUGAAACAGAAUGCCUCCAUCAGGUUAUGUGGUAUUUUAUAAGUUACCUUUCAUCUUUUGCUAUCAGGAUUAUACCAAAUAAAUGUAUCCAUGAAUGGGGAUGUUCCCACUACAUUUAUAGUAUGAGAGCACUACAGUUUGAAGUAUUUUGGAAAAGAAUCACUCAAUAAAGACAGAAAGCAGCAUGAGUUUCAGGUUUUUCAGUUUUCAUUCUCUAGUGAACUGUGAAUAUCUACUGCUUUACACUAAUAAUGCACAAUAAAAGUAAGCACUGAAUACAGUUUGAUAUGGUUCUCAGGAUUUUAAUACUUGAUUUCUCUGAGCAACUUUGUAUUUUCCUGUUAUAGAAAUAAAAUUUUCCAAAAAUCAA